CAGUUAGACUGUACAGGACAGAAGCGAGGAAGCAGCAGAAGAAGGACAGUGGUCAUGACAUAAGGGACUACUAAAGACAGAAGAUUAGAAGAGUGUCUCAGAUGGGUCUGCGGCUGCUCAGCAGUUGAGGCGUUUGUAAGUGUGCAGACGCGAGACCAGGCUGUCCCCCCUCCUUGCCUCCUGUCCUGACUGCCCGCUUUUCCCAGCUACGCUUCUGGAUGUUGUGAAAUAUGUUUGUGAUAACUGAACUUUGUUACAUUGUGAUCGUGAAGAACAACUGGUUCUGGAAUAAACACAAGGAGGCCCCGGAAUAAUUAGACAUUAUGGGGAAAGUUGAGCUUUGAUGAAAUACCAUAUUACGAUGAAGAAGUGGACACCAGGAUGCGGAGCUAGAUCACCUGUUAAGAGGAGCCCUAAAAUCAAACUUCUUAAAUUUUGAUACAACGGUGACAUCAUUGAUCUCUGGUGACAUCACAGGCGGGGUGAAUAGAGAAGAGAUUGAUACAAGCAUUAUGGAGGUUCAGGGUUUGGCCUUCUUGCCCUACUUUUGGGUCACUUGGACACUUAUAGGGCUCUCUGUUACUUACGCCAUCACCAUCUUUGAAGGCCAUGCUCCAACCUACUUACUGUAUAUCAGUGAAACAGGCUCCUAUUUCCCAGAGUCGGCUGUGUUCACUAUGGUCUUCUCUUUGUCGGCCAUUCUUGGAGCCGCGACAAUAUAUUUAGAAUACAGGUUCCUUGACAUUCAGUCUGCAGCCCUUGACCUUCACUAUUCCACUGCCCAGAAGGUGCUACUGAUGGUGGGACUCUGCUCGUGUACUGGGACUUCCAUUGUGGGCAUAUUUCAGGUAGAUCCUUUUCCCGUGAUCCACAGGACCGGAGCGAUUGUAUCCCUAGGACUAGGCGCCGUCUACAACUUGUGCCAAUCCAAGUACUUGUAUCGGAUGUCGCUAAGCACUCUGCACGUAUGCGAUAUCAGAAUGACCGUAUCGAUCAUGAUGGGUGCAGCUCUUAUUAUAUUUCUUCUCUUUAAGAUAACCCUUAUAUACGAGCUGUGUAACGAGCGCCACUGUGAGGAGAUCUGUCAUACGUCUGCGGUGAUAUCUGAGUGGCUGUCUGUGCUCACGUUUAUGCUGCACUAUCUCACCUACUAUACGGAUUUCCAGCACCUGUGUAUGAAAUGGAAGUGUGACAAAAGCAAUUUUCUAUCACUAAGGAAGAAGAUUCACAGUGAAACAAACAUCUUCAUCUUUCAAGAUGUAUAAGUGAGACUAUUGCCUUCAUGACGAGGAAUGCUGCGGUUCUCUUAGACUGUGUCCCACAUGAACUUUGAAAUCAUUCAAAAUAAAGUUGAAUAAUAUGA